AACUGACGAGGUCAAGGUUUAUAAAUUUUUCAAAGAAUCUAACAUAAUUCAGUUUUUUCUGAUACGCUAGGCUUGAUUGGGAAUAGAACUUAACUAGCAACCUGUCGUAUAUCAAAAAGGAGUAAACCGUCGUAUAUCAAAAAAGAGCAAACGUCAAAUCCCAAACAUUAGCAAACAUCGUAUAUCUAGAAAAUCUGAAUCAAUGUCAAACAAUCCAGAAAAAGAAAUGUAUUUAUAAUGCGACUGAGCUUCUCCUGAAACUACAACUCUUGGAGAAGAAACUAAGCUGAGGGUCUAACUAGAAGCAUGGCAGAUGCGGACAUAUAUGACGUUGUUGAUGAUGCCGAACGUGAAGGUGUAGAAGAGAUCACUGAUUAUAAUGAGGCGUCCCAUUAUGCUGCUGAAGAUGUCGAGCUGGUCCCUGAAACAAUUAUCCAGGCACCUACGCCUAACGCAAGUGUUGAGGACUUGAACGUUACUGAUGUCAGCUCGGAAACGAACAGACAAGAAACGAGUGUUACUGAAGAUGCAGACAUUGCAGCUGUGUAUGCAAAUGACAGCACAAAUGACGACGCUCAACUGGAGUCCAAUGUUUCAAUUAAAGAUGGCGCUUCUAACGUCAGCGUGGUGUCGAGUAGACGAGAAACAAGUGUUACUGAAGAUGGAGACAUAGCAGCUCUGUAUGCAGUCCCUGUAAAAAAGUCAGACAGAACUAAAAAUGACAGAACAUGGGGCGGCGCCACUUCGGACUCAAAUGUAUCAUUUAAAGAUGGCGGCGCUUCUAAUGUCAAAGUGGUGUCGAGCAGACGAGAAACAAGUGUGACAAAUAUACAACAUUCAUCAUCGCUAUCAACAAGGACGGCGCCCAUUGUAAUGUCCGGGACAGUCGCUCUUCCCAACGACCAACAGAUCAUGCCUGGCCCUAUGAUCGACAGGGACGUCGACAAUGUUCACAUCCGCCAUCUCAGUGAUAACAAAGGUCACCAUUCCCAAGUGAGUAUUGAUGGUCCCAAAAUACCCCCAGUGAAAUAUAUCCACAAAACCACCAUGUUGGACAGGAGUGGCGUUAUUUCUGGCGCAGUUGGCGUUGGGACGACUGAGUAUGCUGUCCAAAGAAGCUUCACUGCUACACCUCCUCGACGUUAUGUUAACAGAGACCUGCAUAACGAAGUAGGAUUUAGUAAUCGGACAGAACCUGUCGAUGAAUCUAAGUAUCAAUACAGGAUAUCACAAGAUCGCAAUCCCCAUGUUGCCCAUGUUGACAUCCGUGGACAGCGGGAUGAUAAAGCAAUAGGCAUGGGAGCAAACCUAUUGGUAUCAUCGUCUGGAAGAUCGUCUGCUGUGACCUCAUCAAACAUGGACGCCCUCUAUCUUGAAACAAAUGAAAUUUAUGACUCAAUGACAUCUACACAAAUAGAAACGAACGGGAGCAUCGUAAAAACAGGAACUAUGGCAAAUGGUGUAUCGCAAACUGUCUCAGAGGGUGUCCAGACUCAAGAAAAUGUCAAAGUGAUACCAGUGCCCGUAUGGUACAGGACCAAAUCAGGAAGAUGGAGUCCAUUGUUAUGGUGUACUCUUUGUCUCAUGAUUUUUCUGUUUGUCCUCGUACUAGUUAUUAUCGCAGUGGUCAUCAUCUACAAUAGAGGCGAACGAUUGAAAGUGAUGCCCACGCCAGUUCCAGAUGUUGGAUGUAGCACGGACUUUCCCUAUAUGGACCUCGUCUUCGCCGUUGAUUCUUCUGGGAGCGUCGGGGAGGCCAACUUCAACCUCACGAAAUUUUUUAUGGCUGACGUUGCGCGCCAUCUAUCAAUAAACCCCGAUGCGAACCGUGUAGGGGCAGUCGUGUUUCACGACACGGCCGAAAUAAAGUUUAACCUGGGCGAUUUCACAGAUGGCUCAAAAGUGGAAGAAGCUCUGCUGUCGUUAGAAUAUUCGGAAGGGUCAACUCAUACUGCCGAUGCCCUCGAGAUCAUUCGCGAUCAAAUGUUUAACGGGACAAAUGGGGACCGGCCUGGUACGCGUGAUGUCAUCGUGAUCAUCACUGAUGGAGCGUCCAAAGAAAAAGACCCCGUGCCUAUUGCUAAAUCCCUUAAAGAUAGUGGAGUUACCAUUUAUGCACUGGGCAUAAAGGAUGACGAAUUACAAGAGGAACAGAUUGAGGCCAUGGCUAGCAUCCCGAAAAAGGACUUCUACUUCAUGAUCGAUUCAUAUGAUCAGCUAGAUGCGAUUGUUGAAAAAAUAACAUCAAGUUCCUGUUUCCAAAACAACUUAGCUAGUACUUAAACGAGUCAUCAUCAUCCCAAAAAGAUGGAACCUCGGGUUUCAUAAGUGAAAUUACACAUUUACAGGUCAUGGUAAAAUAUACACAUCGGCACAUCCUAUAUUC